AUGGAUUUCCCUGUCGCUCUUAGUACAAGCUGCAGCCGCUGUUCCUUUGACAAGAUCAAGUGCGAUGGCAAGAGAACAAAGUGCGGCCAGUAUAAGCUAUAUCGGUCUAUACGCCCUCGUUAUAAUCGGCGACUAAUAGAACGAUUCCGUACACCAGAGAAUGGUGGUGGAUCACGCAACACCGCUGCUGGCGACCAGAUGCGGUUUCUUCCCACUGCAAAUAACCCUCUGCCGGCAAGCAGCCUCCCUCCUUUUAAACUCUACACAAAUAUGUUACUCAAAUCGCCCUCUAUGUUUGAGCAGGAAGCUGUCGCCUAUUUUUUGCACGAAUACUGCGUUCAGCCGGGACCGGGUGGCUUUGGGGGGCAUCUUGACUCUCUACAAGACAUGUACGAAUCCUCUCAUCGGAACUCCUGUCUUCAUAAGGCCACUCUUGCCAUCGCUUACCUGUCUUUUUCACGCCACUAUAAGUCACCCACACUCUACUCCUUAGCUCGCAACUAUUAUGGUGCCGCGCUGGGAGCCAUUAAUAGAGAUUUAGCUUCGACAUCAAGUAGCUUCAAGGACAAGACACUCAUAUCGAUAAUGUUUAUGGGUAUGGUUGAGGACAUCGAUGCUCAAGGCGUCAGUAAGAAAACAUGCCACAUGCUCGGCAUCGCCAGAAUUUACGAAGUCGCUGGCCAUCGACUGCUCAACAACAUCCACAAGAAGCAACUUGAUGGGUGGAUAUUCUCAGAAAUGCAAAUUCCAUCGCUCGACGCUGAUAAACCUCUCAAAUGUUUAAGUGUGCUCGACGCCGACUUAGAUACGGACAACUUUUUCGUUCGCUUGGCACUCACCGCCACACGCAUUGGUCACUUCUAUCGUCGCGCGAAGCGGCUCUCAUCAGGCGGAGCACCGGAGGCAUUAGAGCGCCAGACUCUGCUACGAAAUAAGCUCGUGUCAGUCAUACAACAAGGAAUGAGUAUUCAAUCAGAAUUGGUCGAAUUGAAAGGCUCGCUGCCGCCCCAAUGGAGCACUUGGCAGGGGGGAGAUAAACAAUUAGCCAGUACUGUGAGCCCAGCACACAUCUCGAGAUGGACAGCUUGCCUAAGCUGUGGCUUUAACAUGACUUUGAUGCUGUUCUUCAACAGGUUUUUAUCAUGCUGUCGUACACUUGUGCGCAUAGAUUAUUGCAACAAGCGACCAACGCUAGAGACUCGUCUGGCUGAGACGUCCAUGCCGUUAGCAGAAGCACAAUUGAAAAGGCUGGUUGCUUCCAUUUGCGAGGCUAUGCCGUACCUGAUGGGCGAGGUUGAUGAAAGAGGUGCUCGACUCACCAUACUGCAGCAACAGGCUAUCUUUAUGUGUCGCCUCAUCUGGCCACUUGCUAUUGUCAUUUAUUGCGACAUCACUUAG